AAUAUUCCUGUGGAUGAGAAAUGAUAUCAAUUUUUUUAAAUUUCACUUUGUUACAUAGCACAGUAUUUUACAUAUAGUAAGUGAUCAACAGAUGAUUGCUUAUUCUUUUUGAAUUGAAGGAAAAAAGAAAAUAUACACAUUUACUGUACAUUUUGCCAUGCCUAUUAUCCAAAUAUCAGAUUAAGUGAUAGUAAAGGUUUAAAACUCUGAGGUUGGAUAAGUGGUGAUGGAUUUUCCUAAUCUAUGGAUAGUUUUGAAGAUUACCAAACAUUACCAUAUUCCAUAUUACCAUAUACAUAUUCCAUAUUACAUAUAACACAGAGCAGUGGUCAAAUACAUAGGAAAAAGGAGGAUCUACACCAAUGGAGACCAGGUAUGUCUUUAAAAUACUAUGCUAAGAGAGACAGUACAAUUCAGUAGAUAGAAACCAUCCUCAGAGCCAGCAAAACCUAGAUUCAAAUCCUGUCUUUGAUAUAUAAUAGCAGCAUGACUAUGGGCAAGUUAUUUAAUCUCUCAGUGCUUCCAAUGCAAUGCUCAAAGGCUAUAAAUUACAAAGAAGGUAGGAAGUUGCUCACUGAGAAUUCUUUAUGAGAAUCUGUAUGAAAAGGAACUAAGGGGAUAAUAAUAUGUCAUAUUUUAUCAAAAUGAGAUCUCUAAAAGUGCCUUAAAGAAAAAGUGAGAUCAUUGUAAGGGUUUCAUACUGAUUUGUUUUUUUUUCAAAUGCACAAAACAGUGUACUCUCUGUGAAACACUGUUUUAUUCAUCUCUUUGUCUCUGUCACAGAAGUACGAUGAACAAUCAUACAGUGGUUACAGAAUUCAUUCUGAUGGGAUUUCCUGUUGGCCCUGACAUGCGAAUUCUUCUUCUUGGGCUCUUCUCUCUGCUGUAUGCCUUCACCCUAUUGGGAAAUGGAAUAAUCUUGGGUCUCAUCUAUAUAGAAACCCGACUCCACACCCCCAUGUAUUUAUUCCUUUCCCAUUUGGCCAUUGUUGACAUCUCCUAUGCCUGCAACACUGUGCCCCAGAUGCUAGCAAACCUACUAGACCCAAUUAAGCCCAUCUCUUAUUCAGGAUGCAUAACACAGACUUUCCUCUUUUUGACUUUUGCCCUCACAGAAUGUCUUCUCUUGGUAGUGAUGUCUUAUGAUCGCUAUGUGGCAAUCUGCCACCCCCUCAGAUACUCUGUCAUCAUGAGCUGGAGGGUGUGUUUCACUUUAUCAUUGACCUCCUGGGCCCUUGGAUCUCUUCUGUCCCUGGCCCAUCUAAUUUUAUUACUGCCCAUGCCUUUCUGUGGUCCCCAGAAAAUCAACCACUUCUUUUGUGAAAUCUUAGCAAUUCUCAAACUUGCCUGUGCUGACACCCAUAUCCUUGAGACGUUGGUCUUGGUUGGGGCUACUUCUGUGUUGGUGGGGCCCCUUUCAUCAAUUGUGCUCUCCUAUAUUCGAAUCAUCUGUGCUAUCCUGACUAUCCAGUCAAGAAAGGGAAGACAGAAAGCCUUUUCUACCUGUUCCUCCCAUCUCUGUGUAGUAGGACUCUUCUAUGGCACUGCUAUCAUUAUGUACAUUGGGCCCAAGCAUGGAAACCCAAAGGGGCAAAAGAAAUAUCUCCUCCUAUUCCAUAGUCUAUUUAACCCCAUGUUGAACCCCCUUAUUUAUAGUCUGAGGAACAAUGAAGUAAAGGGAGCCCUGAAGAGAGUUCUAGGAAAAGGGAGACCAUCCUAAAAGGUUUAAAAAAUGAUAAACUUGUAGUAGAAUUUUAUAGUUAUGUCUAUAUUCUGAUUAAAGUUAUAACUGUGAUCUAAAACCUGAUUUCAUAUUGUUUAACUGAAAAAUAAAGCAGAAUCUAUUUCCUCUUCUAUAAUAUGAGAAAUAUGGACCAAUAUCCUCUGUAGUACUUUCCAGCUAUAAAACUAUGAACCUGUGACUCUUUAAAGUUAUGUAUGUAUUGUUUAUGUUUGACUAAUCUUUGGAAAUUUUAUAAGGUACCAAUGUACUAAGUGUGAAAUACUUCUACUAGAUUUUAUGAACAAUGUUCAAAUGUAUCCUUACUGAUAACAAAAAUAUUUAUUUUAGAGUUUGGGGAUGUUAAGCAAGGAAGUUCUAUUCUUUUGAACAAUAAUCCGGGGAAUGAUUCAGGGCUAUGUUUAAUUCUCUAUCUUGACAACAAAUCCCAAGAACAUGACUAAUAUUCCACAAGGACAAGAACACGGUGAAAAUCUUUAAAUAAAAGGCAUACCUUUGAGAGAGAGAGAGAGAGAGAGAGAGAGAGACAGAGACAGAGACAGAGACAGAGACAGAGACAGAGACAGAGACAGACAGAGAGACAGAGAGAGAGAGAGAAAGAGAGAGAGAGAUAGUCACAGACAAAAACAGACACAGAGUCAGAGACAAACAAAGGGAGAGAAAGAGACAGAGAAACAAAAGAAAGACAGAGAGGAGGCAAAGAGAGACAGACAGAGAGAGAGAAAGAGGAGGAAGGAGGGAGGGAGAAAGAGAAGGAGAAAUUGAAGGAGAAGACAAUAUUGAAUAAAUACUGGCAUAAGUUUAGGAUAAAUUUUCAUCUUAAUAUGAACAGGAACCUAUCAAUAAUGCCUUCUACAAAUUAUAAUCCUUUUAGAAGAAUAACCCUAAAUAUUCUCUUUCAAUUCCUCUCUCCUCUCCCCCUAUACACACAUAAACAUACAUGCACAAACACACAUGCAAAGAGCAUGGAAUUAGAAUUUAAAUAAUCUUUUAUAGGAUUUCAUUAGCUUUACAUUACCCAAAAUCAUGUGGCCCAUUAGUUUCAAAUCUUAAGUGUGAGGAUUAAAAGGAGAAAAUAAAAAUAAAAGAGGAAUUAAGAUGAGGUAAGAGAAACAAAACACAUUGUCACAUCUAACCAAUUCUUUGGAGAGAGAGAGAGCGAUAUACUUAUUUGAUCUGAUUAUGAGCAAGAGCAGACAAAAAAGCAAAUGAGGUGUUAUCUGACCAAAGUAACUAGAGCAACUGAACACUAUCAUAAAUGGUUUGUGGAGAGGGUAAAUGUUGCAUAACUGCUAAAAUAGAUGAAGGACAUUGGAGAGCAGCUAAAAGAGGUCUACCAGGAUGGUGAAGCACCUGGAGUUGAUUCUCUUUAAGAGUUCCUUGAAGGAACUGGAGGAAAGACUUGAUAGGGACAGGGCAGUUGUUAUUAAGUAUCUGAUGAGCCAUUCUAUGGAAGAAUUCUUAAAUUAUCUUCCUGCCUCAUAUUUCUCCCUUCUCUAAUUUAGCCUCCAUGUUGUGGAAGCUAAAAUGAUAUCCUUAAAACACAGGUCUGACAAUGUUAACUCCUUAUUAAAAAAAAAACACUCUAGUAAUUCCUCAUUGACUAUUGAAUAAAAUACCAACCCCUCUAUUUGGAAUUCAGAACUGCUCAUAAUCUGGUUCUGGUCUGACUUUUCAGUCUGAUUAUAUAUUACUCUCCUUCAUCUAUUCCAUGUUACUGACAUGAGAUCUUUUCUGACUUCUUCCUACCAGCUGCUAGUCAUCCCCCAAAUUAUUGUAUUUACUUGUAUGUGUGCUUAUUGUACUACUACCAUACUCCCCAUUAAAAUAUAAGUCCCUUGACACAAGGUACUAUUUUUUUUUAUCAAUGUAUAUUCAGAAACUUAGAACAAACUUUUAAAAUAAUUAUUGAUAGAUUGAAAGGAGUUUCUACUUGUUCUGCUUAGUUUCAAAGGAAAUAAUUAAGAACACCACUGGAAGUUACAAAAAAUAAAUUUAUGCUUCACAUUAGGAAAAUCAUCUUACUCCUUUGAGUUGUACAAAUAAGUUAAUGACUAGAUCUGAGGGGAAUGUGUUGUUCUCCACUUGGAAUCUUCAAACUAUGUAUACCUUUGACCUAGAAAUACUACUACUAGGUUUGUAUCCCAAAGAAAUCAAAGGAAAAGGAUUGAUUUGUGCAAAUAUUUAUGGAAGUUCUUUUUGUGGUAGCAAAGAAUUGGAAAUUAAGGAGAUACCCAUCAAAUGAGGAAUAGCUAAACAAGUCAUGGUAUAUGAUUGGGAUAAAAUACUCCUGUGCUAUAAGAAAAUACAAGAAUAGACUUCCGGUCAAGAUGGCGGCUUAGAGAAAGCUAAAGUUCAGAUCUCCAGAAAACCCUUCCCGACAGAUCUCAAACUAUAAGCUCCUAAGGCGCCGAAAUUCAAAACGAUCAACAGCAUAGACCAUGGGAAUCCUCCUCCUGGAC